CAUUUGACAUUAAAAGAAAUCUCAAGGUAACACGCCUCCUUGGCUCCCGCCCCUCUUUUUUCUGAACCGCCAUGGCGUCUCUCAAUUUGCAGAGACGAGUGCGCGCGCGACGAGAUUCCAGUGGAGAUGAAUCCGUCCAUGAUUUUGAAGGAUCUUCUUCGCACAGCAGCGACAAUGCCGCAUAUGAGGACGAGGAAAGUUCCCUGAACGAUGAUGCAAUUCCCUCAGAUGAUGAUCAAUCAGCACAUGGCGCAUUCGAAACCGAUUUGAGCUCUGUCUCCUUUGGCGCACUGGCUCGAGCUCAGGAAUCUUUAGGUAAAAGCAAAGCCAACACAGAAAAGGCUUCUACAAGCUCCGAAAAGCUUCAAAGAUUACGAGAGACGCUGCAUGAGAUAGGAGAAAGAAAGGCUAGGGAAACCCAUCCAAAGGAUUCGCCUUCUCGAGAAAAGAAGUCGACCGAGAGCCGGACAGGACGAUCCAAUAAGCACGCUCCUGCUGAAAUGUCGAGUAAAAAGGCUGUUUCCCGCAAGCGCGAGGUAGUCGCUGUCCAAAAGCGGGAGGCUAGAGAUCCAAGGUUUGAGGCCUUGAGUGGGCCGCUUGACGAGACGAGAUUGAAAAAGAACUACUCUUUUCUUCGCGACUACCAAGACAGUGAAAUGCGAUCCCUCAGAGAUGAGAUCAAAAAGACGAAAGACGAGGCCGUCAAGGAAAAGUUGAAACGUGCAUUACUAUCAAUGGAAUCGAGAAGAAAGGCGCAUGAGUCCAAGGAAAAACAGCAGGAAAUCCUCCGCGAGCACCGUAAUAAAGAAAAGGAAUUGGUGAAGCAAGGGAAAACACCAUUCUACCUUAAGAAGGGUGAACAAAAGAAGCGCGCGCUUAUGGAACGUUACAAUUCACUCAAAGGGAAGCAACUCGACCACGUUAUCGAACGGAAAAGGAAGAAGAAGGCUUCCAAGGAAAGAAAAAAUAUGCCGAUUGCUCGAAGAGCAUAUUCUGACUAG